AAUGACAAUUUGAAACAGUUUAGAAUGGCUGCCGAUGUCUUCGAAAUAGAAGAUUUUACCAAUGCAACAGACUGGGAGAAUUUUAUCUUCCUAGUCGAACAAUUCUUCGCACAAAUCCAAUCUUCAUUAUUAACAAACUCAACUAACUUCGGCGACAUUAACUCUUCGAAUCCUAAAUCAAACUGCUUGUGUAGUGAUGUUAUUAAUCUUUCAGGGCAAGUUUUCGAGCUUCACUGUUACGAUCUUGGUGGCUUUGAAGUUGACUGCAAUAAAACUGUCUCAAACAAAAAAGGCAGUCAAAGUCGUGAUUAUGGAAAAAUGUCGAGCGAAGUUUCAUUUAUAGGUCAGAACGAAUCAUCGACAUGUCCCUACAAAAACAUUCCAAAAUGGUUCGGCUUUUCCUGCUUCGUUAUUUUGAAAUGCACCAGUUCUGAAAUUAAGUCUGAAUCGGACAUGCAAUCAAUACUUAGUGCUUGUAGUGUAGUUAGCUGUAAUAUCGGGCUCAACAUACCAAUUUUCGGACAGUUUCUCGAAGAGUGGCGGUGCUUUUUAUCCGGUUUUGGAGGCGCCGGUUUAGAUGGCUCUGAGAAUGAAUAUAGAAUGGAUAUGAUUCAUAUGAAGUCGGCGCCGAAAUCGAACUUGACUCACCUGUCGGGAUUGUUGGACCUUUUCAGGGAACACGCGGCCUUGUCUAGUAGCGCAGAGGUUACAGUCUCAGCUUGUUUUACGUACUCAUUGUAUGAUUGGACCGAGUUCACAUUGAAUUGGGAAGAUCAGAAUGUGCCUUUGGCAGACACAAUGGGAGAAAAUGAAACAAUCGGUGAAUCAGUAGCCGUCCUCUUUGACAUUCCAGUCGGCACUUUCGACGAAAUAGUCUCUGAGAUUCAACUGUCGGCUUGUUGGGAUGGUCUGUCCUGUUCAGUCGUAGAAGAAAGCGAGUCGUAUUCGGAUAUGACUCCCUUAAACGCACCGCAGUGGUGGCUGUCUGUGAAAAUGAACCAAAAUCCGAAUUGCAUUUUAAGUCAACAUAUUUUGAGUAUACUUCGAAUGACUAGACUUUCGUUUAUUCUACAAAAGGCGAAAUUAAGCCCAGUUAACUCUUAUGACCGACUUGAAGAUCUGGAAAAGUUAGAGCUGCCGGAUAUCAAUAACAUCAUAACGAGGAAAAAAUGGAGCGAAACUAACUAUACAGUGCAUAGUGAAGAAAUGAGUGAUCAGUUAGCAGGGGCAAUUAUAGAACGACUUUUUGACAGAAGUUUUUCGCGUAGUCAUUUCUCAAUGGAUGAAAUUUGCACGGCAUUCAAAUCUGCACCAAAGAAUAGUAUAAUUUACGAUUUAGCUUGGAUUCUGUGUCAUAUAAGUUAUCGUUACUCUAGCGCCGAAGCGAUGUUAGUCGUUUGGAGAAAGUUCGUAGCUCAGGUUCGGGAGUACUUCGACGCUGGUGUCUACAUUCCUUCGGUUUCGGUGGAAAAACCAGAUUUUUCAUCUUGCUUGUUGAAUCAAAAGUUGCAGUUUUUGAACUGCUGUACCAAACGUAGAUUGGACCGCGAAACGAGGUGUAAAAAUGCGAAUUCAUCAAUUGAUUUGAACAAAGAGAAUGUUCUGAACAAAAGUGAACUUAGUGUUGUUUCAUCAACAGGUGAAAGUGGAAACGCACACGAAGACGAGUUUUUCGAUUGCGAUUAUGAUAACAAUGGACAAAAAGAGGGUGAAGAAGUUAGGAAAUCGUCUGAAAACUUAGCAGAUAGGAAAGAUGACAAAAGUGAACAAACAAAUGCACGGGAAGGAGACGAAUGGAAUGAAAUGUGGGAUAAUUCUGAUUGGAAUUUCGACGAUGAACCUGAUAUCGAGGAGAAAGAACUUGAAAAGAACGAGAAGAAAAAGCAAACCAGUACAUUGAGGCCACCUGAGGGAAGACUGAAAUUGUUCAAGGAAGAGGAAUUCCUCUUAGAACACCCAACAAGCCCGUUGUACGUCCCAGAAACCCAGGAACCACCGAUCAUGACAGAGUACUCCCUGGCCAAGGAGGCGGAGUUCCUGGAACAGCUGGGAUCUAAUUCAGAUGCAAGUGAACUGAGAAUGUUGAUUCAGUCACGCACGCUGCUGUCUGACAUGGAGUGCUUCAAGGCGGCCAACCCGGGAUGUGUUCUGGAAGAUUUCAUCAGGUGGUAUUCUCCUCGAGACUGGAGUCCAUCAGAAGGUCUCAGUGUCCGUAUGACUCAGGACUCCUCUAAUAUCUGGGUCAAAAAUUGGAACAUGGCCCUCCCAGUGCCGGCCAAACGACAGAAGCGUCUAUUUGACGACACCAAAGAGGCCGAAAAUCUGUUUGGAUAUUUUUCGUCUCUAAACCGAAAUGAUUUGGCAGACUUGAUUAUCAACCCGUUGCUACAUCAUUGCUACGAAGAAAUCGUAUCAACGAAAAAAGAAUUCACUUGCUUUGAAGCUAUGAAAUUAAAUCUGGAAAGCGAUGUGAAGAAACUUCAUCAAGUUGACCUCGAAAGCGAAGGCAGAAAAUUGUAUCAGUUUUUAGUCGAUUUUGUGGCUUUAGAGUUGAUAAUAUCUCGUGCUGCGUCGCUUGAAAAGAAGUUUUGUCAUUUACCAACUUUCUCAAACGCAGAAGCUGCCACCAAGACCAUCAAAAGAAAUGUGAAAUUUGAAGUGAAAUCUGAAAUUACAGGCGAAGUUGACGAUAUAUACAAAGAUUUUGUAAAUAGUUUGAUGGAGAGUUCCACUGUUCCUGUAAUCGGAGCUUCUCGUGGGCCGGUUGGUGACGUAAUUUGCAAUCUUUUCUCGCUUGCCAAUAGGAUUCAAGAAGAGGACGAUUACUCAUUCGAACGAGCAAAAUCAGCUGGUCCGAUUACAGAUAACAUGUUUCCUGCACCUAUAACAAAAGAGUUUGUUUUACAGGCCAAUUUAUCGACCGAUAAUCGGAAUAGAGAAAAUUUGAAAAAUAAGUGGAAAAAUAAUGAUGACUGCGGAGACAGGGAGUCGGGUAAGAUUGCAGUUGAUUUACCACAGAGAAUGUACGCGACAGUUGGUGCUUCUGAAUUUAGAGUUGCAAUGACAACAUGUAGUUCUACUAAAAUUGUAUAAAGAUGAAAUGGUGGUGUUUACGUAAUUAAGUGUAGU